GACUCGGAGGCAUUCUCCCUUUAGUGACCAUUCUGCAGUGUGUGAAGACAGACAGCAUCCAGAACCGAACAGCUCGCGCUCUAGGGAAUUUAGCCAUGGAACCUGAGAGCUGUGGGGAGAUCCACUCUGCUGGUGCCGUUCCCUUGCUCGUGCAGAGCCUAACAGCCUGUCAGGACUCUCAGUGCCUACAGAGUGUGGUGCGUGCCCUCCGCAACCUGGCAGACUCACCCCAGCACCGCCUGGCCCUGGCACAGCAGGGAGCCGUGCGCCCACUGGCUGAGCUCCUGGCUGCUGCCCCAGACCCUGCACUGACCUCAGCCCUAGUCCGUGCCCUCCUGGAACUCAGCCGAGGCUGUUCCCGGGCCUGUGCUGAGCAGCUAAGUCUGGGUGGGGGGCUGGGUCCACUGUUAGCUUGGCUUCUCACCCGAAACGUAUGGUACGUGAAACAACCAUUCUGAUCCUUGCCAACCUGUGUGCCCAGGGGCUGGUCCGGCCUGCACUGGGCAAUGCUGGCGGUGUGGAGGUGUUACUAGGUGAGCUCCAGCGACGCCGGGGCCCCAAUGGGGCCGGUCCAGCUUCUCAGCAGCCCCUGGUGCGGGCUGUGUGCCUCCUGUGCCGGGAGGCCAUCAACCGAGCCCGCCUACGGGAUGCUGGUGGUUUAGAGCUCCUGAUGGGCCUACUGCGGGAUCCUCAUGCCAGUGCAUGGCAUCCACCAGUUGUGGCUGCUCUUGUGGGCUUUCUUUAUGAUACCGGGGCCCUGGGCCGGCUGCA